ACCGUGCGACUGCGAGCAGCGUCAAGCCCAUCUCCGCUCGGCCGAGCUUGGCGUCUCGUCUCCCCGCAGAGCACCGACAAAGAGGCGCGGAUAUGGAGGACGUCUGCCAUUACACCCGCAGCCCUGCCUGGGAGGAGCUGGAGCCGGAUAAAGGGCCCGGGUCUGUGGCCAGGAUCCAUCCCCAUGUGGUGGGCGCUGUUUCGGUGUCCGGUGCCGCGGACGAGUCGUCUGACAGCGAGGUGGAGCAGGAGGGACCCCAAAAACUCAUCCGGAAAGUGUCCACCUCAGGACAGAUCAGGAGCAAGACGAGCAUAAAGGAAGGAUUGCUGCUGAAACAGACCAGCUCCUUCCAGAGGUGGAAGAAGCGUUACUUCAAGCUCAGAGGCCGAACUCUCUACUACGCCAAAGACGCCAAGUCCGGCAGCGCCCUGGCCCGCUGGCAGGAGCGAUCGUUGCGCAGGGCGUCCCGGAGCCGGGUGUGCUGGCGAACUCUGUCAGUGUGCUGGACAGGAGCGCGGUGCUCCCCGCCACCUCUGGGUGCCAGCGGAUCUGAAGAGGGCCUAGUGAGAAUUCGGUCCCUUAUCUUUGACGAGGUGGACCUAUCGGACGCCAGCGUAGCCGAGUCCAGCACUAAGAAUGUCAACAACAGCUUCACGGUGAUCACUCCUUUCCGUAGGCUCAUCCUCUGCGCCGAGAACAGGAAGGAGAUGGAGGACUGGAUCAGCUCGCUCAAGUCCGUCCAGUCCAGAGAACAUUACGAGACGGCUCAGUUUAAUGUGGAACAUUUCUCAGGGAUGCACAACUGGUACGCCUGCUCCCACGCACGGCCCACUUUUUGCAACGUCUGCAAAGACAGCUUGUCCGGGGUCACGUCCCACGGCCUCUCCUGCGAAGUGUGCAAAUUCAAGGCCCAUAAACGCUGUGCCGUUCGAGCCACUAACAACUGCAAAUGGACCACCCUGGCCUCCAUAGGCAAGGACAUCAUUGAGGAUGAGGACGGGAUUGCCAUGCCUCACCAGUGGCUGGAGGGCAACCUGCCCGUCAGUGCCAAGUGUGCCGUGUGCGAUAAGACGUGCGGCAGCGUGUUGCGGCUGCAGGACUGGCGCUGCCUCUGGUGCAAAGCCAUGGUGCACACAGCCUGCAUGGACUUGUACCCUCGCAAGUGUCCUCUCGGUCAGUGCAAAGUGUCCAUCAUCCCCCCGACGGCGCUCAACAGCAUCGACUCAGACGGCUUCUGGAAGGCCACCUGUCCCCCGUCCUGUGCCAGUCCCCUCCUGGUCUUCGUCAACUCCAAAAGCGGCGACAACCAAGGAGUGAAGUUCCUGCGGCGCUUCAAGCAGCUGCUCAACCCGGCGCAAGUCUUCGACCUGGUCAAUGGCGGCCCGCACCUUGGUCUGCGCCUGUUCCAGAAGUUUGACAACUUCCGAAUCCUGGUGUGUGGCGGGGAUGGCAGCGUAGGCUGGGUGCUCUCAGAGAUCGACAAACUCAACCUACACAAGCAGUGCCAGCUGGGGGUGCUGCCGCUGGGCACGGGUAACGACCUGGCGCGCGUGCUCGGCUGGGGCCCGUCGUGCGACGACGACACGCAGCUGCCGCAGAUCCUGGAGAAGCUGGAGCGGGCCAGCACCAAGAUGUUGGACCGCUGGAGCAUCAUGACCUACGAGAUCAAAGUCCCGCCCAAGCACAGCUGCCCCGCCACGCCCGAGGGCGCCGACGGCUGCCAGUUUCCUAUUUCCGCUUACGAAGACUCCGUGGCGGCUCAUCUCACAAAGAUCCUCAACUCCGAGCAGCACUCUGUGGUCAUCUCCUCCGCCAAGAUCCUGUGUGAAACGGUGAAGGAUUUUGUGGCCAAAGUGGGGAAAGCCUACGAGAAAAGCACGGAGAACACGGAGGAGGAGUGUGACAGCAUGUCUCUCAAGUGUGCCGUCCUCAACGAGAAACUGGACUCCCUCCUGCACACCCUCAACACGGAGUGCCGGGUCCUGCUUCCCCUGCCCCACUCCACUCCGCCCAUCGUGGAGGCGGAGCAGGAGGAAGAGGAGGAGGCGGCAGACGGCGAGGGCGAGGAGGCCGCCAGCGAGGAGAGCCUGACGGAGCUGAAGGAGAAGCUGGAGGCGGAGGAGACGGAGAAAGGGAACGGUAGCGGCGGUGAAGACGGCGGCGCCUUUGCCGUCUUCAGGAGUCGGGAGCACUUGAUGCUGAGGGCCAACAGUCUGAAGAAAGCGGUGCGGCAGAUCAUAGAGCAGGCCGAGAGAGUGGUGGACGAGCAGAACACCAACAUGGACGACGGCGAGCUGCCGUCGCCGCUGGAGUUCCGCAAGGACAGCGAGGAGGAGAACCGGGACAGCGAGAAGGACGAGGACACCAAGGAGCUGGAGGCUGCCCCGCCCAUGAAGAGCGUGUGUUUCCCCACCGAGAGGAGGGUGAGUCGCAGCACGCAGUCGUACAGUUCCUUCAGCAUCACGCCCUUCACCACCAGCAAGGAGAACCUGCCUGUGCUCAACACGCGCAUCAUAUGUCCUGGACUGCGGGCGGGUCUGGCAGCCUCCAUCGCAGGAAGUUCCAUCAUUAGCAAGAUGCUGCUGGCCAACAUUGACCCCUUUGGUGCCACCCCCUUCAUCGACCCAGACCUGGACUCUCUAGAGGGCUACAUGGAGAAAUGCGUGAUGAACAACUACUUUGGUAUCGGUUUGGAUGCUAAGAUCUCCUUGGAGUUCAACAACAAGAGAGAGGAGCAUCCGGAAAAAUGCAGGAGUCGCACCAAGAACAUGAUGUGGUACGGCGUUCUGGGAACGAAGGAGCUCCUCCAGAGAACCUACAAGAACCUGGAGCAGAAGGUCCAGCUGGAGUGUGACGGACAGUACAUCCCCCUGCCCAGCCUGCAGGGCAUCGCCGUCCUGAACAUUCCCAGCUACGCGGGCGGGACCAACUUCUGGGGCGGCACCAAGGAGGACGACAUUUUCUGCGCUCCGUCGUUUGACGAUAAGAUCCUGGAGGUGGUGGCUGUGUUUGGCAGCAUGCAGAUGGCCGUUUCCCGGGUCAUCAAGCUGCAACAUCACCGUAUAGCGCAGUGCCGGACGGUCAAGAUCACCAUCCUGGGCGACGAGGGCGUUCCCAUCCAGGUGGACGGCGAGGCGUGGAUCCAGCCGCCUGGAGUCAUCAAGCUCCAGCACAAGAACAGAGCCCAGAUGCUCACCAGAGACCGGGCCUUCGAGAACACGCUCAAGUCGUGGGAGGACAAGCUGAAGUACGACAAGCCUCCCCUGCGGCCUCACCUCUACCCGCAGCAGUCUGUGGACCUGGCCUCGGAGGAGGAGGCCGCCGUGGUGCAGCUGUGCGCCCGCGCCGCAGAGGAGCUCAUCACCAGGAUAUGCGAGGCCGCUAAGACCAACGGGCUCUUAGAGCAGGAGCUGGCACACGCCGUCAACGCUGCGUCGCACGCCAUCAACAAGACGCACCCCAAGUUCCCUGAGAGUCUGUCCAGGAACACAGCCAUCGAGGUGGCCAGCACCGUCAAGGCUCUGUACAACGAGACUGAGUCGCUUCUGGUGGGUCGCGUCUCUCUGCAACUGGACCCACCGGAGGAGGAGGAGCUGUCCGCCGCGCUGCAGAGUCUGGAGCUGGCACUGGCCAAACUGGGAGAGAUCCAGUGGCUCUACCACAUCCUGCAGCCCAACGACGAAGAGGACCCCUCUCUGGGUUACGGCAAGAGGAACAGUCGCGGCGGCGUCUUUCGCAUAGUGCCCAAGUUCAAGAAGGAGAAGGCGGCCAAGAAGACCAGCCCUCAGUCAGUGGAGAGAUGGGGCACAGAGGAGGUGGGCGUCUGGUUGGAGCAACUGAGUCUGGGAGAGUACCGGGACACUUUCGUCCGACACGACAUCCAGGGCUCGGAGCUGCUGCACCUGGAGAGGAGGGACCUGAAGGAUCUGGGGAUAUCGAAAGUGGGUCAUAUGAAGAGAAUCCUCCAGGGAACUAAGGACCUGGCCAAGGCCUCCAUGGUUGACCUUUAACCCGGAAGGAAGCUUCUAGAGAUGUGAGAGAAGAUGUGGCGAUCCGCUGCAGUGCCAAAGUAGCGGAGGAAAAGUGCCAGAAGGGAUCCCGUUGUUCAUCACAAGAAGCCAUUUUGCUCCAGAUAAAACACACACACACACACACACACACACACACACACACACACACACACACACACACACACACACACACACACACACACACUAAGAGGUAUGCAAGCAACCACAGUGCAGACAGUAGAUAGCAAAUGAGUAGCAAAAAGCAGGACUCCCAUGUUCCACUUGAUAUUGUGUUUUUAAAGGCGCUUCCGGAAGCUUGUGGUGCUUUGUUCCACGCGACGCUCGCUCCUCUUAAAUAUUCAACAGUGCAUGAUUUUUUUAAGAAGUUCUGUUGUGACGUAAACACUUGAGCAAGUUAAGUAUUAAUCCAUGACGAUGCCAUUCGUGACUACUGACACCCUAUUUUUAUUUCUAUUUAUUUGGCUGUGCAUGACCACGUGUCAAAGAUGUUGUGUUCUAAGUGCCAGGCCUCCUUGUGUGUGUGUGUGCUUUAUAGAGGACCACCUUUUCUAGUCAGUGUUGGACCAAACUCUUUGAUUGUCACUAAUCAUGGGACGGCAUUUAGUAUUAGUCAGCAUGUUUCCUCAAAUAGUGAUCUCCUUCCUCAUCACCCUUACAUCAAUGAUGUUUUCACCGAAAAAUGAAAGCAUGCGGGGGCCGUUUUGCUAUUUUACAUUUUCAAAACCAAUAAAAUAUAUAGAUUUCUUUGUAACUUUUAGGGCUCCCCCUCAAGACCUGGAAAGGUCUCAGUUAUAAAAAUUUAAAUAAAUAAAUACAUGUUUUUAACAUUAUAUUGACAGAUAGACCUGAAGUGUGUGUGUAUAUAUAUAUAUAUACAUACAUACACAUAUAAAUAUAUAUAUAGAGUUGAGGUUUCUGUGGUUUAUCCGUUAAAAACAGUGCUCAAUACCGAAGUAGAGCGGAAUAUAUGUUCCAUCCAUCCAUCCAUCCAUCUUCUUUCGCUUAUCCGAGGUCGGGUCGCGGGGGCAGCAGCCUAAGCAGGGAAGCCCAGACUUCCCUCUCCCCAGCCACUUCGUCCAGCUCUUCCUGUGGGACCCCGAGGCGUUCCCAGGCCAGCCGGGAGACAUAGUCUUCCCAACGUGUCCUGGGUCUUCCCCGCGGCCUCCUACCGGUCGGACGUGCCCUAAACACCUCCCUAGGGAGGCGUUCGGGUGGCAUCCUGAUCAGAUGCCCGAACCACCUCAUCUGGCUCCUCUCGAUGUGGAGGAGCAGCGGCUUUACUUUGAGCUCCC